AUGGAGGUCCAACCAGAGGAGACGGUCGUGGUACCGGAGGUUCUUCAGAGCUCAGCAGAGACACACGGAGAGGAACUGGAACUUAACGACGGACCCCCCCUGGACCCCCCCCAGGACGUCUCCCAGGACCCCUCCCAGGACCCCCCCCAGGACCCCCCCCAGGACCCCUCCCAGGACCUCCUCCACGACCCCCUCCCAGGACCCCCCAGGACCCCUCCCAGGACCACCCCCAGGACGUCUCCCUGGACCCCCCCAGGACGUCUCCCUGGACCCCCCCAGGACCACCCCCAGGACCUCCUCCAGGACCCCCCCCAGGAUCUCCCCCAGGUACUGCUGACGUUACAGGACGGUGUCCGGGACCAGCGGGACGGCAGCAGCUCCUCCUCAGACAGUGAUUCAGACUCCUCUUCCUCCGGUGUGACUCUGGCUGUUGUGUUAGGUCAGGCAGAUGACGAAGAUGAUGACGAUGAAGGCUUCAGUCGGACGAGGAAACCCUGUUCCAUCAAAACCCUGGACGAGACCCUGCCUGAGGAGUUGCCUGCUGUCGAGGAGUUGACGGUUGUUCUACCAGAGGAGGCGGAGAUACUCCCCCUAGGAUCAGUCACCAGCAUCAUCCAGCAGCUGGUGAUCAUACAGUCAUUUAAGGACACGCCCCCUCUGAAGGACGACAGCGUCAUCUUCAACUCUGAUAGGCUGGCCGUGGGCAAGGUGUUUGAGGUGUUUGGGCCGGUCUCCAGUCCCUUCUAUGUGUUGAGGUUUAACUCGGAGAGCGACGUCACUGAGAGAGGAGUGAAGCUGAAGGACUCCAUGUUCUACGCCCCGUCGCUCACCGACUACACCCUGUACAUCCUCACUGAGCAGCUACGGCGGUUGAAAGGCUCCGACGCAUCCUGGAAGAAUGACCAGGAGCCUCCACCAGAGGCGUUGGACUUCAGUGAUGAUGAGGCAGAACAGAAGAUGAAAAGGAGGAAGAAGGGGAAUGUCCAGAAGAGUGAGAGAGAAAGAGGACAGAGAGCUGAUCCUCAACCAGACAGAGAUUCCGUCACCAGACCGCAGAUGUCCCAGAGGCCUUUGCAACAGAGUCGUCCACCCCGCCGUGACAACUGGGGUCCCCCACCCCGAUACGAAGGGGCUCCAUUCUACCCACACCAGCCCCACUACCCCUACCCUCCCCCCUACCAGCCCCAGUCCUUCCCUCUCUACCCUCCCCUCCUCCCCCCACAUGUCCUUCCCCUGGUCUCCUCCCCCCUCUCACCCCUACCACAACCUCCCCUUCUCUCACCUCCCCCUCCUCCCCCACCGCCCACUGGCCCUUAUCCUCCUCAGUGAGGACACACACACACACACACACACCACUAGUGACUGUACACCUCUCCUCCUACACACUCAUCAACGUUGUUUGACCUAAAUCAACACAUUAAAAGUCUAUUUUUACUGUC